AUGUAUACUGAUAUUCCAGUUAGCCAUGACUGGGUUUGGGAGAAGUUAAGAGGUGAAGCAAUACUUCAAAAUGAUGAUAACAAGAGUAGGAAACAUGUUGGUACUGAUGGAGAAAAGGAGGAAGUUUCUCUUGUGAACAAGGUUUGUCUUUGUUGGUUUUGAAAUGUGAUGUUUUUUUUUUCGUGAAUCCAUCGUUUACUUACUGCAAGAGCGUCGUAGCAGUAGUUAUUAUAAAUUGAUUAUCGCUUUCUUCGUAAGGUAGGUUAUAAUGACUUCCCGCCCUUUGCUAUAGUCCCCGUAUGGCAAAUACGUAACAACUGCCAGAUCGUGUUCUAGCUCGUUUUCCACUAGUGGUUAAAAAAUUUAACCAGCGUUUUUACACUUAUAAGUUUAGUUCCGAGUGUAGAAUGAUACUACUAUUAACGAUUUACUUUUAUUUCCAUGAUUGUACCUAUCUACACGUAAGCUUAGCCUUUGGGUCGAUCAGUAGUACGUGUGCAAACCAAAGUGAGUUUAGCCAUAUCUUUAUUUAUACUUUUAAUUGUUAAUUAGGCCUUGAGCAUAGCUUUGCUUUCCCUUAUUUUGUUGCUGUUGUAUCACAAUUUCGUUAUAUUGUUUUCUUUUUUUAUGCGAGGAGCAAAGCCAAGGGCUGGGGGGACUCAAUCAAACACGAUGUUUCUCUACAUUCUUAAACUCACUGUUCCUUAAAAAAUGCAAGGGCAUAUUAAUGUUUGAGCUUAUUAAGAAUUUUCUGUCAUCGAAAACAACUUUAAAUGGCUGAAUAAUCGAAUCGGAGGAUGAAGAGGAAUAAUUAGGUGUUCAUUAUUCCAUUAUUCCAGCUCGAAAAUUUUCCUUAUUCCAUUAUUUCACUAAAAAAAGAACAACUUAUUCCGUUGAAAACAUCUGCUUAUUCCAUUAUUCCGCACCACAAAUUGGCAUUAUUCCAUUCUUACAACAACAAAAAUUCCGUUAUUCUUACUCCAUUAUUCCUCUUCACCCCCAAAAGUCGAACCAACCAUGUUAAGUCUUUCAUAAUCAGAAUCAACAGCUAUUUUCUGUUUCUCUUUUUCAUACUCUGCUUCAGGUUUGUGAUCCAAACGAAGACAGUGUUAGUGAGUCCACGUUAAUAGGAUCUGAUCAUGAAUUACUUGUUGAUAGUACUUCACCUCCAGAGGAGAUCAAGGAACGAGCAGUUCAGUUGAUAGAGGAAAUACAAGAUGAAGAUUUUAAGGCUGAGGAAUCUGUUGUCAGUGUUGAACUGUGGGAUUUUGCUGGACAACACCUGUCUUAUGCAUCUCAUCCUGUAUUUUUAACAUCACGUGCGCUAUAUAUCCUGGUGUGCAACCUCAGCAAGUCAUUGCAUGACAAAGCCAAGCCCUGUGUGAGGCAAGGGUCUCGUAAUAUUCAUUUGGAAAACCCAAAUGGAGAAACAAAUCUUGAGAAUUUGUUGUCUUGGCUAUCCACAGUGCAUAGCGUUGCACAGAUGAGAAGAGAAACCUGUGAUGAUUUAGAAAAAGAGGUACCUCAUUUGCGCCCCCCAGUGAUCAUUGUAGGAACCCAUGCAGACAAACCAUUUGAAGACAUUGCAACAAUGAAAACAGAAAUCCAGAACGCAAUUGCUGGUAAGGACUAUGAAGGACAUGUGGUGCGGCCUAUCUUCAGCAUUGACAACACUGCAAAAUUAACUCAAAGAAAAAUCCAGAAAAAGGUGUUCGGGAAAGAUGAAAACAUUGAUGACAUCCGAGCUCUGCAAGUAAAAAUCAUGGAAGCGCUGAGACAGGAGCCUUACAUUGGGGAGAGGAUACCUAUGAGGUAAAUCAUGGUGAUACAAGAACAGAAUCCAUUAAAUUAAAUAUUAAAAAUAGUUUCCAUGUCAAGGGUUGGACUAUGAACGCAAUGAAAUUGCGGUUUAUGGGUAUGGCGUUUGUUUCCGCCUGUCCUUGUAAGAUUUUUUCUUUGAUAUGUGAUGUAUUUCAGGUGUCAUCAGUAACUCAUUGACUGUGACCCUACAUAAAAGGGUGGCCACAAAAUAGGCUGCUUACAGCGAGAAGAGAAAAAAUUCAGUGAUUCCUGUAUGAGCCACCUGGCGGUCAUAAGAAAUGAGAUUAUCUCGUUGAUUGAAACAAAUUAACCAUGAAAAGCAGUUUUGACUGGCCUUAAAGAAUAUUCUACCCUGAAGGGUUUGAUAAUCUUAUUUCGAAUUGGCCGAAAAGCACUGUGUACAUUGCAUUGUUUUAAAAAGGUAAAAGUGAAGUGGAUCACACACCCGUUAAAUCUGUAGUAAACUGUAUAACUGCACAGGGAAACCAUUUCAAACAUGACCAACUGUAUUACAGUCAAACCAGGUCAAGCGUUCCCGUCGCUAACAAAUUAAUGAAUUCAUUAAUGGCAAAAUGAUUUCGUUUGUUGACUCAAUAAUCCAUUCAUAAAAUGAAUAAUCCAACAGUCAAAUUGUACCUCGAUUCAAUAAUCAAAUGUUGAUUUGGUUUAUGAACAAAAUCUACCUGUUCUUUAUUCUUGUCUGUUGUGUUCAAUCGUAUUUGCUUCCCUUUUCCUGCCGUUUACGAUUGCGUUUUUCAUUGCCUUUAAUCAAAAUAACAGCUAGAAUAGACAGACCGCAAACGCAAAGAAACUGACAAAGGCCGAGGAUCGAAAUCCACCAAUCACCGCACAUACACUGACCUCAGUUUGACCGUCGUGUUUUCUAAGAGGUCAGGCCUAGGUCUGUUGCACUGAUUACUGGCAGCAAACUGGCGUACAUGUAACAGUUUGUUUGGGUUUGAACUUCAGAACUCGCCAGCACUCGACUCUCAGAAAAAAAAAGAGGAAAAAACAAAAUUCUGAGGUCAACUUGUGGAAAGUGUAAUUUUUCAAAAAACAGUAAUCGAAUCAACAUUCGAUUAUGGAAUCGAGGCUAAAUAUGACUAUUGGAUUGUUCAUUUUAUGAAUGGAUUAUUGAAUCAACAAACGAAAUCAUUCUUCCGUGAAUGAAUUCAUUAGUUCGUUAGCGACGGGAACGCUUGACCUGGUUUGACUGUAGUCAAGCUCAUAUGAUCUUAUAUUUAUCUCAUUUUAACUUUAAAAGACCAUCAAUAGGCCACUUGCUCUAUGACAUCAUUUUACUACUACGACCAGAAUCCUUCAGGGUUUUGCUUUCUUGUCUAAAUUAAGGCUUUUGUUAUUUAAACCUCACUGGAUUUACAAAAUUUAAAUAUGAAAGGAAAAACGAAAAGGAUUCUGGUCGUAGUAGUAAAAUGACGCCAUCAUGCAAAUGACCUAAUACUAAUCAAAAUUCUUCACGGCUUUUCACAUGUUAGCAGUCAUGUUUUGGAACGUGUGCAUGCUUCUGUCCCCGGUUGUUCAAAUAAUGAAUCAAUAUUACAGAGGAAAAAUAUUAGGAAACCUAAUGGCACUAUCUGCUGGAUUUUGGACAGAUAUUUAUCCAUUGGAUGGAGAUAUCCGCCUUUCGCACAACGAGGCCCUGUACUUUACUCGGUACGGGUAUGCUGUGACGUGGUUACUUUAAUGUGCGCUAUCAAUUUUCUCUUUGCUUUUAUUAACUAGAUGGUUACACUUUGAUACGGUCAGCAACGCUUUACUUUCCAAGCCCAAGCCAGAUUAUUACCUGAGUAUAACGGAACUACGGACCCUUGCCAAGGAGAAGUGCUUCAUCCAUAAUGAGAAAGAGUUUACCACCAUGGUGAAUUUCUAUCAUGACCUGGGGAUAAUUAUCAAGCACCGUAGCACAGUCAUCUUGAGUACCCUGUGGCUGAUAAAAUUGUUCGGACAGCUGAUCACUAUUCCAGAUUUUACGAAAAUGGUAAGAAAUGGAUUUUAAACGUGUUUUAAAACUUGCAAGGUUUAUAAUGGUCCACAGUUUGGAUGACAUCACAGGUUUCCAACCCGGUGCUGUAGCUAAUAAAAAUAAUUAUAUCAAGUGUAUUGCCCGCUAUCUUUUUGAAAAUGUUAACUGUUCCUCAAAUAUUUGUAAACAGCAAAAUCGUAGUGGAUUGUGCUGCUAUUUAAUAUUUCCCCAGUGUAAAACAGUUAGGGUAGGCGACGUAAUUCUGAAAUGAAAUCUUACCCGACCAAACCUAUAACAACUGAAUUGGUACUAACGCCUGGUCGGCAGUCGUCCCUGUAAUCAACCCGCUAUACUGACGUCACUAAGAGUAAACAUUACAAUGAAACAUUUUCACUGCACUUUCUUAUUUGAACGUUGUAAUAUCCCAAGAGGAUUCUUGUUUUAAUUUCGAAGGACAUCAGGUGGCAUCACGAGGUACCCGCUAACAAUAAGAGGAGCUUAUAACCAAUAACCUGUACUUUACCUUUUAUGUAGGCUCAAAGGAAUCGGACAACCAAACAGAGUGAAAAUACAUAUUGUAUAUAGAAAGGAAGCCUGACUUUUCACCGCCCAAACUGAUGCACGCGAGGAGCGAAUUGCGAAAAAUUUAUAACACUACUCAACCUACACAAAAAAAAAACGAAAAAAUUUAGCUUGUACCAAGCAAUAUUGUCUCCUACGCUGAUUUCCUCAGGGAUAGUGGAGCGAGCGAAUUACGCGAGCGCGCGUGAAAUUUGUCAUCCUCGAGGAAGGUGACAAACGCUCCUGUAUUUUAAUCGCUCAAAUAUCCCAGGGGAAAAUAAGGGGCUACUCGUAGUCUAUCCUCAGUAGUAUAUUAGGCAUAGAAUCAGCCUUUUUUGCGGUGGAAUCUUCGCCGGAAUACAUAGACGCUGAUGACGUCAUAACCUUUUGUCUUUAUCUCAUGAAUAAAAUGCGGUCAAAUCUCUUUAAAGGGUUAAAAAUAGCACACGACCUUAUCUUAGAGCCAGUUUACAUCGAGUUGGAGGACCCUAGGUAGGUGAGGUAACCCGCUGCUGGUCACCCCAGCUAUUACGUAAACGUGGUCAAAUUAAAAUGAGACGUUAUGUGGACAGGCGGGUUACCCCACUUUUGCGGGUUACCUCACCUACCUGGGGUCCCCCACCUCCAUGUAUACAGGACCUAAGAUAAGGUCGUGUGCUAUUUUUAACCCUUUGGACAGGUUUUCCAGUUAUUUCUUGGUAGAUGAAGGUCUUGCUUUUUUAUUAGUUGACGACUACAUGUAAGAACUAGGAAAAGUAUUCAUUGGUUGAUUCAGGUUGUCGAAGGAAUAAGCGCUAACUCGCCUGUGACGUAGUUAUGCAAGUUACAUUUCAUACCGCUUUCAUUGUUCAAUAAGUUGUUCCGGUUUACUAUGCGCGCAAAUCGUUAAUCUUUCAUGAGUACGAAGCCACACUAGCCCUUUCUAACACGAAAAACAUUUUUCCACUUUCCCACAUCCCUUUUUCCUUUUCCACAUUUCCUUGUUUCACAUUGUUUCCUUCCGCCACGACAACCACAUUUCUAUUGUUUUCUCUCAGCGCGAGGUUAUGGUGAACGUUGUAAAGAAAAGAAAACUUAACUUCCUAAAUCUUCUAACGUGAUUGGAAAGAAUUGUGUGACGAACCAAACGGAAAGGCUGCUUAGAAGGCUAUCCUCUUUACUUUUAUUUACACAGUAGUACUUGCUAGGCAGACUACGUAACUUUUUCUUUAUAUGCGUCCCCACACAAAAACGGAAAACUCUAGAUCUUUUUCUUUGUUUGUUACUUAAAAUGUUAAAUAAAAUAACCAAUAAUUUACAAGUGCAUUAAUUAACUGGCUCAAAAUUCUCCCAAGAUAUCACUAUUUUAAGAAGGCUUUGUUAUUGUCCUUCACCUUAUUCCGUCUUAGGUUCCUAAGGUUGCCAAGCACUGGAAGGAAGUUAAAGAAAGCGGUGUUCUCUCCAUGGAACUGGUUGAUCUUGUGUUUUCCAACUUUCUCCUGGAAGGUGUUGCCAGGAAAGACAUUCUUGAUUUGAUGGAACAAUUUGGAUUGAUUGCAAAAUUUUCAUCUUCAAAGACAGGUGAAAAGUAUUUUGUUCCAUCUCAUCUCAAAGCGUCACCUGAUUCCCUUUGUUCCAUGACGCCCACAAGGCUGGACCCAUGUCCCCUGUAUGUUUACUUUGUCAGCGGUUCUGUUCCCCAUGGUCUGUUCACUCGGCUUGUUUCUCGAUCUGUCCGUUGGUGUUCUGAAGCUGGUCCAACUCAGCCCCCUACCCUGUUCCAAAAUGGAGCGUGGUUUGUUAUUGGGAAGCAAAAUUUCCAUGAUUUUGUUCUUAUUUGUAAGAAGCAGUUUAUUAAGUUUUUUAUCAAGCAAAGAAACCAACCUCAGCAGAUCUCAGUAGAUGACACAAGUGAGGUGGCGGUGCAGGUUCGUGAGUUUGUGGAGGCAACUUUGCAAGUUUUGUCACGUGAUCUCUAUAAAGGUGGAUUGCAGUAUCAUAUUCGGGUCGCCUGUCCGUAUUGUCAGCGGGAAAAAUGCUCAAGCCAUGAUGAGAUUGCAUGUUCUCAUGAAAAUUGUCUUCACCUCCUUGAGUUACGACAAGGCGAUCCUCUGAUUUGCAAGAAGAAACCUACAGAGGAGGUACUCACAGUUACGGGACAGCAAAAGUGGUUCUCACAAAUAGAAAGUAAGGUAGGUAGUAGUGAAAUUCAAUCUCUAGCAGUGCUGUUAGCAUGUUUCAGAUCAAUCGAAUACACAUACUACUUAAAAUUGUGUUUUUAAGGAGUAGCCACUGUAGCCAUAUAUUUAAACUAAAGAGGCUUCAAUAAAGUCUAUGGAUGUGCUUUGUUAUAAGAUUAUAGUAUGACGUUUAACGUAUGCCUUUAUUUAUCCUACCACGAGCUCCACUGGAGUGUAAGAGAAGGCCUUAUUGCUAUCAACUUAGCGAACAUUGGUGCUUGAAAUCAAGUAAGUUGAUAAGGUCAAUUGGCUACCAUGUAUUAAUAAUUGUUAUUGGCGUAUAGGCAUAGCAGUUGGUAUAUAACUUUUUUUCAAGGUCUUUGUAAAUGUGAUGUUUUGCUUUGCGGGUGGGCAAUAAGUUUGUAGCGUCUACCGUGUUGAUAACAUGUUUUGCAAACUUUCAUUCAAAAAGCCCCUAGAUAUUAAAUUUCUAUUUUAAAGUAUCCAAUUUUGGUUCCCAUGCAGGAAGCGUGUUCUCCAUCAUUAUCACCUGAUACUGCACAGGUUCGUCCAGAGCGUCUGGUACUGAAAGUUACCCUUCUAGCGAAUGAGUGGGGCUCGUCCAAGGGUGGCUUGUCAACAAUAAACAGGACUCUUGCCAUACAUUUGGCAAAAGACGAAAACGUAGAAGUGACCAUUCUUGUACCUGAAUUUGAGUGUGGAGAAAAAGACAAGAGAGUUGCCAAAAGUCACAACAUUUCCAUCAGGGAAGCAGGGCAUCUACCUGGCUUUAGUGAUCCUCUUGACUGGUUGAGCUAUCCACCAGAAGACCUUGACAUUCAGGUUGUGAUCGGCCAUGGAGCAAAGCUUGGUAGACAAGCACAGAUUAUCAGAAAGUCUCAUCGAUGCAAGUGGGUGCAGGUUGUUCACACUGAGCCUGAAGAGCUGGCAAUGCAUAAGAACUAUCCAAGCGCUAUUGCCAAGGGAGAAGGGAAGAACAGAGCUGAAGUUGAACUUCGUCAAAUUGCAGAUCUCGUUGUAGCCGUUGGACCCAAGUUGAAAGAAGCGAUCUCGUCCCAGUUGCGUUCAUCUCGUCGAGAAAUCUUUCAAUUAGUACCAGGUUCCUUUACAGAGUUUUCAGAUGUUGAGCAUUCUGAACAAGAGAAUGUAAAUUUCAAAGUGUUAACCUUCGGUCGCGGUGAUUUCGAAGACUUCAGUCUUAAAGGAUACGACAUUGCCGCUCAAUCCAUAGUUGAAUGUGAAGGACAGCUCCUAUAG